AUGAAAUACCUGGUGUUCUUUCUGCUGGGGCUGUCUGUGACUGUGCAGGCCUUACAGAGGAUCAGCCUGAGGAAAAUGCCUUCUUUUCGAGAGACACUUAAAGAGAUGGGAGUCACACCAGCCCAGAUGUUUGCUGAACUUGCACUGAAAUCGGAUGAAAGCGCUUCACUUUGUAAUGGAACAGCGCCAACACCUCUAACCAACUAUCUAGAUACUCAGUACUUUGGGGAGAUCAGUAUCGGUUCUCCAGCACAGAUGUUCAAUGUUGUGUUUGAUACGGGUUCUGCCAACCUAUGGGUUCCUUCUCAGAGAUGCUCCCCACUUUACACAGCCUGCUUCACCCACAACAGGUACGAUUCCUCCAAAUCUCACACGCAUGUUUACAAUGGAACAGGAUUCUCCAUCCAGUAUGCUACCGGAAACGUCAGAGGAUUUCUGAGUGAGGAUGUAGUCAUGGUGGGUGGUAUCCCAGUGGUUCAAGUGUUCGCGGAGGCCACCGCUUUGCCAGCCAUACCUUUUAUCUUUGCAAAGUUUGAUGGGGUACUGGGAAUGGGCUAUCCAGAGGCAGCUAUCGAUGGUAUCACACCAGUGUUUGAUCGCAUCAUGUCUCAGGGUGUGCUGAAAGAGGACAUCUUCUCUGUUUACUACAGCAGGGAUCCAAAACGCAUCCCAGGAGGAGAGCUGGUGUUGGGUGGUACAGAUUCCAAUUACUACACAGGAUCCUUCAACUACGUCAGUACCAAGGGCAAAGGCAAGUGGGAGGUCACCAUGAAAGGUGUGUCAGUGGGUGCAGAUACUUUGCUCUGUGCAAAAGGCUGCUCUGCUGUGAUUGACACAGGCUCCUCCUUUAUCACUGGUCCUGCCUCCUCUGUGUCCAUUAUGAUGAAGGCGAUUGGCGCUGUGGAGCUGGCAGAGGGAGGUUAUACAGUGAACUGUGACCUGGUGAGCUCGCUACCCAGCGUGAUCUUUCAGCUUGGUGAUCAGGAGUACCCGCUCACACAGGAGGACUACAUUCUCUGGCAGUCACAGUUUGGGGAGGACAUCUGCAUGGUGACCUUCAGAGCGCUAGAUAUUCCACCUCCUACCGGUCCAGUCUGGAUACUGGGAGCUAAUUUUAUUGCCAGAUACUACACCGCAUUUGAUCGCAAGAACAACCGCAUUGGAUUUGCUCAAGCAGUGUGAUGCUCUCUAGAGCCCUCAUGACCCAUGACUCUAUUUCUACCUAUGACUGUGACAUGAAAUAAUUACAAAUAAAAUAAUUAGACACUUCUUUGUAAGUAAAAUACUGUAAACCAUUUGCUAUACUUCUGACCUACUUCACAUCACUAUUGAUAUUAUCUGUUGAAUACUCUAAUACACUGAUCAGCCAUAACAUUAAAAGCACCUCCUUGUUUCUUCACACAC